AUGGAUAAGGAAGGUGACCAUUGCUCCCUGGAGGAAGAGGUGUUUCUCAUCAAGAUUGCUGAAGUGAGGGACCAGGACGAGUUCUGGAAUGCCUCAGACGAGCACAGUGAAUCUGCUAACUCCUGGAAUCCCCUGGCUGUAGAUUGGCAGCAGAGGGCCUCUGAGCUGAUCAGUGCUGAAAUCCACUUGGAGCUGUCCAGCAGAUCCCUGGAGGAAAAAGUGCUGAAGUCUGCAGCUCUUGCCGGCUGGAAGAGCCUCUCUGAAUGCAGCUUGGAAAGGAUUUCGAGGGUAACCAUGUUGGUCUGCAGUGGAACAUCUCGAUUUGUGUCUGAUAGCUCCUUGGAGAACGACAAGAUUUUGGGAUUGUAUGCCUUUACUGUCGUGGCAAAUAUCACCGUGUACGGGCUGGCGUGGCUCCUCUUGCACUUCGAGGUGGGCCGCAGGGGGGCUCCGAACCUCGGCCGCCAAGAUAUCCCCGUCUUUCGGAACUUAUCUCUGAUCGUUGUGGCCGUGGGAGCCAUUUUCUCUUUGCUCUUUCAUCUCGGCACCCCAGAGAAGACCCGCCCGCCCGGUUGGGCACCCGAACCCGAAGAGCACACACCACUGUUGUCUGAUAGCCAGAAGAGACCCGUUCAGCCCUACCUCCUCUGGAACCAUUGGCUUCUAGAACCUGCCUUCUACCAGGUGGCGAUGCUCUACAUGGCCACGCGGCUCAUUGUCAACCUCUCUCAGACCUACAUCGCCAUGUACCUCACCAACUCGUUGAUGCUCCCAAAGAAAUUCAUCGCCACCAUUCCUUUGGUGAUGUACAUCAGCGGCUUUCUCUCCUCCCUCCUGAUGAAAACUGUGAACAAGCGGAUCGGCAGGAAUCUGACCUACUUCCUGGGUUUGAUGAUCAUCCUGGCCUUUGCUUCCUGGGUGGCCCUAGCGGAAAAUAUGGGUGUGGAGGUUUACGGGGCAGCCGUCUUACUUGGGGCCGGCUCAGCCACCAUCCUCGUGACGUCCCUUUCCAUGACUGCAGACCUCAUUGGCACCAAUACGCACAGCGGCGCAUUCGUUUAUGGGGCCAUGAGUUUCACAGACAAAGUGGCGAAUGGGCUGGCAGUCAUGCUGAUCCAGAACCUGCAUCCUUGCCCGACUCUACUGUGCUGUCCAGCCUGCGUGGCCUUCUACCAUUGGGUAAUGGUAUCCGUCACUGGUGGCAUCGCUGUGGUGGCCAGCCUGUUCCUCGCCUGCCUCAUGAUAUGGCCCAUACGUAUCCGAUUCCAUGAUGUUUCCGUCACGGGGCUGGUAGGGUCGAGGCCCAGAGAGCUGGAGGCCCAGGACGAAGAGGACGAUGCCAGCAUGGUCAACUGAGGUGCCAUUUCCUCGGAAGGGGGGAGCCACUGGGCGGGGGUGCAUCUCUGUGGACAAGAAGCCCAGAAGACCCUUUGACUUUUAUCUGGACUUUUGAUUCCCUUUUUGCUCCUUCCGCGGACUCUUCUUUCCGUCACCCCACCCCACCCCACCCGGCACAUUUUGCACAGUAACUUCUCGCUGCUCACAAGUGAGCGUGUUUUUUUGCACACCUAACACUAGUUUACUUCACCUUGCGCCAGGAUGAACCCCUCAGCCUCCCUUCCUUCCUUUUCUCCCCCCAUGACG